GCAACACAAGGGCGUGGCCUUCAGGAGAGAGAAUCUCAACAUUUUUUAAACACUAAUAACUCUUUUAUUUUUCACUGAUGGGAAAAAUCCUCUGUUGUAAUUUCUACAUGUUGAAACCAAAAUGUAUAAAAAUACCUUUUAAUACAAUCUGACAAUGUGCACUUUAACCACAUGUGAUUUUUUUUUUCUAUUAAAAAUCUCAAAUUGUGGAGUACAGAGGCAAAUAAAUAAAUUAUGGGUCUUUGUCCCAAACAUUAUGGAGGGCACUGUGGAACGACAUGACCAAGAAAUACACUAACCAAGGGAUGUGUUUGUGGGCUUUAUGAGGUUUAGGUAGAUAGAACAACGUUAACCGAGGAGUCUAUUUGGUGUUGGUUUAUUAUUGUCACAGUAGAUAUUGUGAAAAAAGCUUUGUGUACUUUCCAGUCAAAUACAAUGCAUGAGUACAAUCAAGUCGUACACAAGCACAAGAGAAAAAUACCAGAGUGCAGAAUAUAGCGUUAUAGAAAUAUAGUUGCAGAGAAAAUAUCCAAGUAUGCAAUGAAAUAAUUGAAUUGAAUUGAAUUGAAUUGAAUUUCCUUUAUUGUGUUAUAAGAUCAGGACUACACACUAACUUCGGGGAGAACAGUUCAGUAGUCUGAUAACAGUGUGGAAGAAGCUGUUCCUGAAUCUGAUGGUACUGUUUUUUUAGCUUUUGUGCUUUCUACCCGACUAGUGAAAAAGGACAGUAGUGUUAACUCCCGAGGCAGUCUGAAGUGUAGAUAAAGUCGAUAGUUGAGAGGCUGGUGUGUCUGUUGGACUGGGCUGUAUCCACAACUCUCUGUAAUUUAUUGCAGACUUGGGCAUAGCUGUAGCCAAACCAAGCUGUGAUGCAUCCCAAUGCAGUACUUUUUACAGUGCACCUGUAGAAAUUGUUAAUUCAGUGGAGAUGUGCAGAAUACCCUUAGUCUUCUGAAGAAUUGGAGCCGUGAUGUGCUUUCCUGGCUGUAGCUUCAAUGUGGUUGGUCCAGGACAGAGAUUUACGGUGACUAUAGAACUGCACAAGAACAGGAGUGAGUUCAAGGCUUGAGGGCUUCAUGCAUAAAACGAUACUAACCGAGGAGUGAGGUACAGCUUAGAAUCUGGUCGAGGGGUUCCAGUGUUUUGAGAUAACAGGGCUAACUGAGGCAGGAGCUCAAGGGAUUGGUUGAUUAUACAUCAAUUAACACCAAGUCUGGAGUGACCCUUACAAAAUCGGAUGGGUUAGUUGAGGACUUGCAUACGGUAUAAUAAAGACAGGCGGGACUGAAAGCUGGUCGUGAUUAGACCCAAACCUUCUUGAUCUUUGUGGGCCCUUUCUGGCUGCUUAUGAAGAUUGAUGCCUGCUUCUUUUUUUCUCUCCUUUAAAGACUGUGGACAUUUGAACAGCACCAUGGCACAGACGCUACAGCUGGAGAUUGCCAACUUUGGGAACACUUUGCUGGAGUGCUUGAAUGAACAACGACUGCAGGGCCUCUACUGUGACACCUCCAUCAUAGUGAAGGGGCAGACGUUCAAGGCCCACCGGGCCGUGCUGGCCGCAAACAGCUCCUAUUUUCGGGACCUCUUUGCUGGGACUGCGCGGGCAGCCUUUGAACUACCGGCAGCUGUGCAGCCACAGAGCUUCCAGAACAUUCUCAACUUCUGCUACACGGGCCGAUUGUCGAUGAAGGCAGGCGAGCAGUUCAUGCUGAUGUACACGGCGGGAUUCCUGCAGAUCCAACGUAUUGUUGAGAGGGGCACUGAGCUCCUGUCCAAGGUCAGCUCCCCCAGGUGUGACUCCCAGGGCCUGAGCGCGGAAGAACCUGGCUGGGAGCCUCAGAGCUCCGCCCCGCCACUCCCCCUGCCCCUUCCUCUGCUUCUCCCGUCCCGUGUCAAAGUGGAGCAGAGCGACCUGGGCUGUGGCCGGGGCAGGCGGGCCGCCGAGGGUUCCACGGCAAGCGCUGCAAAGUUGGCCCGCCUGGCGCACGAAGGAGGGAACGGGCAAGGCUGCCCUGCCAAUGCACCACGGGACAUCGCCAGCCCUGGAGCCAGCAGCCUUCAUCCCAGCGACAGCCCCUUCUCCUGUCAGAACGAAGAGGAGGAGGAGGGGGAUGAGGAGGGGCUGGAGGACAUGACGGAAGAGCAGUAUGUCCAGAUGUGUAGCAUGUACAACAUCAUGAGCGUCCCACAUGGAGCCACCCCGGAGCGGGUGGAAGCCCUGCCUGAUCACAUCGAUGGGCGCUCCAGGAUGAGGAUCCGGCACGACCUGGCAGUGCUGCCAGCGGACCUCAUCAAUCAGAUUGGGUAUCGCUGCCAUCCAAAGCUGUACGUGGAGGGAGACCCUUCAGAGAAACUUGAGGUGGUGACAGGUACAAGUGUGUACAUCACAAGGGCUCAGUUAAUGAACUGCCACAUCUGUGCAGGAACGAGGCACAAAGUGUUGCUUCGGAGGCUGCUGGCUGCUUUUUUUGACCGAAACACUCUGGCUAACAGCUGUGGCACUGGAAUCCGUUCUUCCCUCUGCGACCCUAGUCGGAAGCCGCUCGAUAGCCGGAUACUCAAUGCCAUCAAAGUUUACUGUCAGAGUUUUGCUCCGAACUUCAAGGAGAGUGAGAUGAAUGCCAUCGCUGCAGACAUGUGCACCAACGCUCGAAGGGUGGUCCGCAAACGCUGGAUCCCCAAGCUCAAGCUGAGGCAGGCUGAGGGAGAUGGCGUCUAUCGCUCGGUCAUCACUGACGUGGCCGGUGGGUGUCUGCCAGAUGGAGCUUCUGGGAACCAGGACAUGGAGCUGGCAGGCACUGGCCACAGGCAUGAAGCCAGUGGGAUGCGGGGCACUGGCACUCAUAGAUACGAGACAGGUUUCCCCGAAGGUUUGGAUGACUCCGGGAGUGGGAUUGUGGAGGCUCCAAACUAAGAGAUCCAACUUGUCACCCACCCCUUCCCCCUUGAGAAACCCAUGACGUAGGGAAUCUGUCAUGUUGUAGGGUUCUGUGUUUGGCCACUUUAUUUGAUCGGUGUUAGUGAUAAAGGACUGAGAACUGGAGAUUCAGUCUGUGCAAUGUCAGUGAAGGAGACACUCACACAAUGAUCCCAUGCAUUCUAGGCACAUAUUAUUUUGGAUAUAAUUGCCUAGUAAUUGGGUAUUACCUUUUUUUGGUGUGGUACACCAGCGUUGUGUUUCCCCACAAAGCACCAUGAAAUUAUCUAAGUCGAUUAAAGUACCCUGAGGGUGAUUUCCCCCCACAGACGGGGCUAGAACAGGACCCGUGUGGUUUCCGACGGCACUGGGCUCUCGGUUAACCACAGCUUCUGACAAUUUACUCAGCGCCAGUCCGCGACGGGCAGCGGGUUUCAAAGGCACGGUCCCCAUGGGAGGUAGACAACAGCAGCUUACGGUGGCUGCCAUGGACACAGAGGCUGCAGGGGAGAGAGGGAAUGCCCCUACAGUUAGUGGAAGAGAGCUGGACAUGGCCAUCAGUGCUGGGAGGGAAGCCCUGUGUGCCAUGGUCCAGGAAACGCCCCACUCCCAGACCGCAGACUGGCACGAGGUGGCUCCAGCCAUCUCCAGCUGUGAGAACUCCCACCCAGUUGAACAAAACACAAACAUGUUUCACGCCCUCACAAUAAUCAUCUGGUUGAGCUGCCCACUGGCCAGGAAUGUGCUGGCCAAGGAUUCAUUCAUUGUUCAGACAUCAAAGUAGGUGGGGCUGGACAGGGGAAACGCAGGGGCUUACUGUGUCACCUGGGCUGCCCUGGCAGGUGACUGGAAUAUGGCGUUAGUCUUUAGGAUUGGACUGCGAGCAUGUUGUAUCAGGAACUGAUCCUGCAGACUUAUCUUGUGAAGCAUCCCUCUCCCUGAGGUGGUCCAUAUUGCCCAAUCAGUUGAUGCCUCGGUAUUGUGAGUGAGUGUGUUCCCGCAGGACUUGCCCUCCUAGCCUUCCUCCUCCAUGUGAUCCUGCUGCUGAGCAUCAUAGCCCUCAAGCUUUGGGCUUCAUGCUGCUCUUCCUCCACUCCAAUACUGUCUUCAGACUGCUAGGUUUGGCAGUGUACAGCAAACAGCAUGGAGGUAUCCUGGGCAUGAACUGCAGGGUGGUCCUACAAACAUGGGCAUUGGAAUCUGAUUCCCAAAGACCUGGUCAUUUUCCACAGUGCUUCUGGUAUUUGUAACAGCCCUGGGUAGUGGGUUGUGGGACUGUGAAUUGGUGCUAUGAGAGAGGAGAUUCAAGGGUAUUUGAAUGACCUUCUGUGAACUUAACUUCCAGUUAGAGAGCAGCCUAGGCAUAUUGAGUGGCAAAACUCACCCCACAGAGCUUGGCAUGUCCCAGUGACAAUCCUUGGCAAACCUGAGUUUGUGAAUGCACCAUCAAUGAGAGAGCUCCAGACAGCAGUGGGAGGCUGGUUGGCUGAUGGGCAUGUCUCUGCUUCCUGCCCUGAAGACCCUGACCCACCCCAGCACGACAGUCACUGAUGCAAGACCAGCUCCAAUGAAGGUGGGUGAGAGCCUGAGCAGCUCAGUGCUGGAAAAAGCACUUGCUGUUCAUUACACAGCGCAUGCUGAGGACUUUGGCAGGUGUUUGAGCAGCCUGCAGCACUCAGAUACAUCCAGUCAGGGUUCCUGAUGUCAGUGGAGUGACCCAUUUUGAAUAUCAACAGACUAGUGCCGUGUGCUUGUAAUUGUACUAAAACACUAAUGAGCACAUUUUAAAAGCCAAAACUUGCACUGCACUGGUCCAAAUAUUCAGGUAGGGUGGAAAUGCGUUUGCUUGAUUCCAUUUAAAAUGACCCAAUCUUAUCUGCACACAAACAAUUGUGCUAUUUGACCAAUUUCUAGGCAUAUGUGUUUGGGGAGACUGCCCCAAAUGGAGAUAAAGAAAAAGAAUAACUUACAUUUUUUAUCAGCCUCUCAUUUCCUUCAGAUCUCUCAAAGCAAAGCUAUAGAAAUGUGGUCACUGUGAUAUGGAAAAGGUCAACAGUACACAUCAACAAGUCUCCAUGAACAGCAAUGUGAUAAUGUCCAGAUAAUACGAGUGAUAAAUAUUGCUCGGAAAACUGUAAAGGACUUCCCUUAUCUUUAAAAAGUGUCAUGGGGUCAUUUAGAACCAUUUGAGAUGACAGAUGGGGUCUGAUCUGUGAUGGCGCAGCAAUUCUUCACCAAAUUACAUGUGAUUGUUAUCCAGAUACAAAUUAGUCCAUCACUGAGGUGUUCUCAAGACAAAGCACAUAUUGUUUUGUUGAUUCUAGAUCAUUGUUGGAGUCGGAGAGCACGGCUCUCAGCCCAACCCAUCUGUGCCAACCAUCCAGUACCCAUUUAUGCCACGUCUACACCCAUCUACCCAUCUGGGGGUAAACUACAGGAGCCAAUUAACCUAAUACCAGCACAUCUUUGGAAUGAGGGAUGAGACUGGAGCAACCUGGGGUAAUUCACAUAGAAAUUGGAUCGGUUGGGCUUGUUUUCUCUGGAUCAAAGGAUGCUGCGGAGAAACCUGAUAGAAGUAUAUCAAAUUAUGAGAGGCAUGGGUAGGAUAGAUAGUUAGAAUCGUUUUAUUCCCAUGACGAGCAUCAAAAAUAAGGGGGCAUAGGUUUAUGGUGGAGGAAGGAUUUUGAAGAGGAUCUGGGGAAAGUUUUUUUUUUUUUACACAGAGUGACUGAUGUCUGGAACAUGCUGCAAAUGGAGGUGGUAGAAGUAUAUACAAUUACUAAGAGUAAUUUAGGCAUUAAAUAGGCAAGGCAUAGAAUGAUAAGGACAUACUGCAGACAAAUGAGAUUAGUGUAGAUGGACAAAAAGGUUGACAUGGCGGGCAUCAUUUCUGUGCCGCACGACUGUGACAUUACACUAGAAGUUGGGAUUGAACCUGGGCCACUGGAGCUGUGAACAAGUAGUACUACCUGCUGUGGCAAUGUGAUGUCCAGAUUCUUCACCAGUACUGUUGAUUCAGUUUGGGUAAAAUUUGUCCUCCAUUGUCUAGGCACCUAAAAAAGAAAGCAUCUUGAGCCCUCUUAAAUGAGCACAUCCCAGGCUAUUUGAUCCAUCUCGCCUUGUUAAUUAAUUUAGUAAGGGAGGAAAGCUAGUUUGAAGAUUACUAGAUAACAAGCCGCUGCAUCAUCUCCAUAUGCACUGGUCUUAAUUCCUUGAUCUGAUCUGGUGGAAUUAGAAUAGUAGAAGGGAACCUGUGCCGUUUCCUCAUGAGAGAGUCUCUGUGCUGUUACAGACUCUUAAAUGGGGUUUAGUGUUGAGGAUGCUGCAGAUGUCUCUAAACACUAGGCUUGGCCUGUUCCUGUGAUCCAUAGCCCCACUCAAAGAAUAGCAGGCAUCUCGCUCUUACUGGUGGAGAUUUCUCCUUCAAACAACCCGUUCUGGCUUAAGACCUCCCUUCACCACCUCCAGUUUAAAUUCCAUUUGGAAUAUUUUGGAGGACCAAGAAACCAAGAAGAAGAAGAAACAACACAGUUAUCUUCAGGCUAUCUUUCAUAUUCACCUCUAUACAGACAGUGGCCACAGUUUGAAACUAAUCAAUGUAUCAGGAAGACAAUGGCGAUGUUUGUGUAAUGUGAACAGGCACAGGAAAUGGAAGUCAAUUUUUCAAAUUAUCACAUGAAUUGCUUUGAGAAAGAUUAACUUAUUUUAAUAUACUAUAAAAUGAAUCAACCAUAUGAAGAUUUUUGACCAGCCCUUUGGCUGUGCUCCAGUUGCACACCAUCCUGUGCUGAGGGUCACAGUUUUUGGGCCGGCCCUAUCCUUUCCUUACAGUGUGAAACAGUAAACAAUAUUUAAUUCCAAGGCACCUGUACCCCAACCUGAAAACAUGAUGGCUUUAAGUAAGAGGAGACAAACAUCUCCAAAUGCUAUGAUG